AUGUGCACGACCCUCCCCCGCACUCAGUCCCUCACGCGGCCAGCAUCACAGCGGCAGCCGCACACGCAAAAAGAGCAGCAGCAGCGCGAGGGGGAAGGCGGAGUGUGCGGCCGCGACGCUGCUGCUGUCGCUGUCGCCAGACACCGCCUUCGCUGCACUCGUCGAGUUGGUGGUGGACGCCGCUUGAGCAGCCGCCCCCGCUGCCGGCUGAGUGGCUUGUCCUCCGCCGCCGCCACUCGUUUCCGUUUGACUUUGGGACGUGGGCACUGCGGGCUGCUCCUUUUGUUCUGGCUGGCCUGCCUCGGUUGCUGCCACGGAGCUCCCCGGCUGCGCCUGCGCCGCGGGGCCGCCGUCGCUGUUGAUAUUCCCGGAGUUAUUAACUCCCUCCCCACCGGCAGUGUCUUGUGCCGCUUCUGA